UUUUCCUUUAUUAAUUAAGAAUAUAAUUAGGCAACUAAUGAGUGAGUGCCUCAACAUCAUUUUCUUUUGUUUUUUAGCCUCUAGAAAAUAAAAUAAGGGGGAAAUUAAUCUUAGCUACUGCCAUUGAUUUGACAUCAGGCCAAGUUAAAUGCCUCCUAUACCCAGAUCCUGACCGUCCGAUGCCAAGCACCUCCUCGAGACCACGAGAUCUAACCGUUGGAUCAUGAUCGAAUGGCGGUAAAUCAAAUGUCAAAUCACCCCUGAGAAGUUUCACAGAUGACGCGAGCCUCGCGCGCCGGUGGCGGCGAGGUCUACUUCCAGGGGGUGACGUGGUCUCUCCUGUCUCCCACAGGUUCGGGCCUACCCAACUGGCAGUACAGCGUCCACACGUGAGUCCCAUACGGAUAAGGUGGCGAUCGCCUCCGGUGUCAGGCCGAGACAAGGUUGGCGCGGCCAUGGAGAUGGACAGCUCAAGCAAGGCGGCGGCGCUGGAACUCUUCGAUGUCGGGCCGUGCGAAGAGCCAUUCCGGUUGGGUUAUCUCGUAGGGCGGAAGUUCUCGAGCAUGAUCCAGAGCAGGGCCGCCGCGGACCUCGUCCUUCAGCGGCAGCUUCUCCCGUUUGCUCGAACCCCGCAGGCGGAGCCACUGAUACAAGCCAUCUGCAGCGCCAACAGGCAGCGGUUUCCGGCGCACUGGGAGGAACUGCUGGGAACUGCCGAAGGCAGCGGCGUGCCUGUUCUUCAUAUAAUACUACUGAACUUUCGGAAGGAGAUCCUCCCCUUCAUUCCAAAGGAGGAGACCACUCCACAAAAGGAAGCUGCUGCUGAUGACGACGACGACGACGACGACUGCUCGGAUGUUCUUGUGGUAAACGACUCCAUGGCCAUCGCUGCACACAAUGAAGACGCAAACACAGCUUUACUUGGCCACACCUACCUGGUGAGGGCAAGACUGCCGAAUGGGGCGUCGUUCACAGCAUACACUUACGCAGGCGAGCUACCCAGCUGUGCGUUUGGCUUCAACAGCAAUGGCAUUGCAUUCACGUUGAAUUCAGUGCCUCCAAGACUGGAAGAGAUAAUUGCCGGCGGUAUCGGCCGGAAUCUUAUAUCCCGAGAUUUGCUAGAAGCUACAAGCCUUGAAGAUUCCCUGGAUAGAAUCUGUUCAUGCAACACUGCAGUCGGACACAGCUACAAUUUGGUAGAUGUAAUCAGUCGAAGAAUACUGAAUGUUGAAACAGCAUCAAAGAACCGCUUCUCGAUUCAUGAAGUUGGAAAGACACCGUUCUUCCACGCAAACAUGUAUCUCCACCUCCAAGUAGAGCAGGUACAAGAUGAGAACUCUAUCAGCAGGCAGAGAAGAGCAGCCCAACUCUCAGCAGAGUCAAAAUCAGCAGUUCUUUCGAUCCUGGGGGAUUCUGCAGAUGAGAAAUAUCCGAUCUACAUGACAGGUCCAACAUUGUACACUCUAUGCACUGCUUUGAUUGAUGUAGAUGAGAGAACAGUUUCCAUCUUGCAGUGCAACCCGAAGAAAGGAGAUGUCUCCUACGUGCUUCCGAUAUGCUGAACGAAAAGCUCAAAAGCCACUGCAGCAGACGUUGAGUCGAGCAUUUACAUGGUGCUGAGAUCUUCAUAUACCAUUUUUUUGAAACAAAGCUUAGAUUGUGUUUAGAACAGCAUAUUUUGUUCUCACUGAAAUGCCUUAAAACAGAGCUGAUUACUUGCACAACAACAUUUAUCGUCAUUGGUCGAUCCUCCAGUGCGAUAUACAUGUGCCUUCCCAAUCACCUGCAACAAGAGACACAGUUUCUGCAUUAUGGAAAGCGUAGAACCAUUAAAUAUUAUAUACAGCAGAAACAACUUCAUUGGAUCAUGAACACACAACAUCCAAGCCAACUCUAUCAGCUAAACAACAAUCUGUCCUUCAGCCCAA